UGCAACCCGGAAAUGGAGCAUCAACUAUUUCAACGUGUCGAUUUUAGACCGUGAGCUUAAAAUGGCCGGAGCCAGAGCCGGAAGUGAGAACUCACCGCCUCGCGUCCUUAGAAUCAGCCAGCUGGACGCUUUUGAGCUGGACGAUGCCCUGGAGCAGCUCGUCUGGUCCCAGUUUGCGCGAUGCUUCCAGCAUUUCAAACCAGGCCUGCUGACUCGUGUGGAGCCAGAGCUCAAAGCUCUGCUGCAGCUCCUCGUGUGGAGGUUCACCGUGUAUUCCAGCAGUGCCACCGUAGGCCAGACGCUGCUCAACAUCCGCUACCACAACACGCUCAUCGCCGGACAGAAAUACAGGUCUCUGAGCAGGCGGCAGAAACUGUGGUUCGCUUUGCUCACGGUGGGCGAGAAGUGGUUGAAGGAACGUUCUCACAGCUUGUUCCUCAGCAACAGUGCGCAUUCGGGCCUCCAGAAAACACGUCAAGCUCUAGCUUUGGUUAGCAGCGCAGUUAAAGUGGCUAGCCUGCUCAACUUUAUGCUCUUUCUACAAAGCGGGACAUUUCCCACUCUGACGGAGAGGAUGCUGGGAGUGCGGCCGGUGUUCGUCCGGGAUCAGAGCGCCCGUGAAAUCAACUUCCACUACAUGAACCGGGAACUGCUGUGGCACGGCUUCGCCGAGUUCCUCAUCUUUCUGCUGCCGCUGAUCAACGUGUGGAAACUAAAGACCCGUGUGUCUGCGCUGUUCUCCAUUUCUGAUCAUUCAAGCCAGAAAUCGGAGUCUGUCGGACGUUCCGAGUGCGGACUAUGCGCCGAAUGGCCCAUCAUGCCUCACUCCAUCGGGUGCAGCCACGUCUUCUGCUACUACUGCAUCAAAAGCCAUACGGCUGCCGACGUCUUCUUCACGUGUCCCCAAUGCGGUGCUGAGGUCACCACCAUACAGCCAGUCAAGUUUCAAAUAGAAAUGGCGGAAAUGCAGCAGACAUGAUUUUUUUCCCCACAACAUGUCAUUGACAGUAACCAUAAUGUGAACUUCUGUUCGAAUCCCUAGAGACCAGCUGAUGAAAGACUGCAGCUUGUGCCUUUUUGUUGGCAUGAAAUAUGCAAGAAAAGGCCGAGGAGAGACGAACUCGAUGAUGCUUAGUUUCAAAUUAAAACGAUUUCUGUCGCUAAUUUAUUCCUGCUCAUUAAAGUUUGAUGGGGACUCGAGUAUCAGAGGUCCACUUUUCCUCUCCCGCGUUCUCAGACGGCGCAAAUGAAUAAACAUCAAAACAGCUCGAGCGCCUGCACGUUUGCAUCUCCAGUGAAGUGUGAAAUUUGCACAAGAUCAAGGAGAGGCCAUGAUGGGAUGGGAUGUGGGGAGUGUGUGUGUGCGCGUGUGUGUGUGUGGUGGGGGUGUUUUGGGUGUACGGAUUGACAGACAUCCCGGCGUAAUCUCCUUGGCCUUCUUAAGACGGCAGUAAACUGUAACCAACCCUAGUAGGUCUGUGUGCUUUUUUUUUUAUAACCCACAUUAUGCACUAAUCCUAAUAAUAACAGCAAAGACGGUUAUUUAUUCUGGCGUUAACCUUCUCCAAUGAGCCAUGCCUCCAGCAAAAUGCACCCAAGUGGGCUCAGGCCUGCUGGAAACUCCCACCUUGUUUUGAUCGCAUGGCCUUAAUUGCUGAUUUCGGAGGCAAUCAAUCACGACUCCAGGCGUGAUGGAGCCCAUGGUCUGUUUUGUGCAUCUUUUGAAAUUAUUCUCCUGAAGUUUCUUGACAAAGAGAGCGCUGAAGUCUUGCUUUGAGCUUGUUAUGCUAAUGUGCUAUUGCCAAACACUACACUGCAGCCUUUGUUUUCAUUCAGGAUUAAAAGACGUCCACUGAAAUGUCUUCUACUAUCAUUUACAUACAUAUCCACAAAAAUUCCUGCGGAAUAAAAGACAAAAAAAAAAAAGAAAGAAA